AAUCAACCCAAGACAAGAAGAGAAAUAUUAAAGUGAUGAUCUUUAAAGAAAAAAAGAAAAAACUUUAUAAUGAGAAUGAAGUGAAGAAUUCUAUAGAUAAGAAAGAAGCUUUAUCUAAUGAUUAUUUAGAAGAAUAUCUGAAGGAAUUAUACCAAUACAAGAAAAGACAAUUUGAAGAUAUCACAGAAGAAACUUCUAGAGAAAAUUCUAGUGAGUUCAAGAGAACUCCUAAUCCAAGCGAAAAGAAGGAAGAAAAGAGAAGCAUUGAAGAAUUAAGAAUCAAGUUACUUGCGGGAAAAGAUAGAAAAGAUAUUUUAGAUAGCCAAAUAGAAGUAGGAUUAGAUAGAUUAGAAUUAGAUAAUAGUAUAACAGAAGAGUAUUCAGAUAAACUUGACUCAAUGAAACUAAAUCAAGACCUCUUUGAGGUCUACAAGGCUUCUGAGACAACUUGGUAA